AAUUUACAUAUUAGGAAAGAAUUGGAAAAUUGGGACGGAGGAAGGAUAUUUUUGAUCAGACCAUCAUCGGUGGCCGCCACUCAUAAACAUAACUUUCCGAUCAACGCAGCCUCAUCCUCAGUUUAUCGUCGUUACUUCCGAAAUUCAUCUCACUCAAUAUACAAACAAAUCUCCAUACAAAAUUUCCCUUUUUAUAUAUCGAUGGAUACGUCGCCAUCAUCACCGUCACCGUCACCGGUAAAUUGGGAAGCCCUAGAUUCUCUGGUCAUCGAAUUCGCCAAAUCGGAGAACUUAAUCGAAGAUUCAUCUCCUCCUGCUUCUCCUUCUUCGUCAUCUCCAUCUUCAUGUUCUUCUUCUUCUUAUCAGUAUCGUGUGCUGAUUCUCCAAAUCAGACGUUUAUUGCAAUUCGGUGAUAUCGAUUCCGCCAUUGAUCUCUUGCAUCUCCACGCUCCUUCCGUUCUCGAUGAUCACCGCCUUCUUUUCCGUCUACAGAAGCAGAAAUUUAUUGAGCUUUUGAGGAAAGGAACUGAAGAGGAUCGUAAUUCUGCAAUCAAUUGCUUGCGGACUGCACUUGCUCCUAGCGCUCUCGACGCCUAUCCUGAAGCAUAUGAAGAAUUCAAGCAUGUUCUGCUUGCAUUUAUAUACGAUAAAGAUGAUCAAACUUCCCCUGUGGUGAAUGAGUGGUCCGAAAGGAGGCUGUUUGAACUUGCUGGAUUGAUGACUUCUGUAUUGAGAGCUCACUUACAUGCAUAUGAUCCCUUGUUCUCAAUGGCAAUAAGAUAUCUAAUCAGCAUACACAAGGGAUUCUGCUUUCGCCAAGGGAUUUCUUCACCAAUAACAGAUCUUACUGAAAGGUUGCUGCUUGAGGAACGUGAUCUUCCAGCUACUCCACAAGAGGCUUUUUUAGAAGCACCUCCAUUUGAUGAGGUGGAUAUACAAGCACUUGCACAUGCUGUUGAGCUUACAAGACAAGGGGCAGUUGAUAGCUUAAAAUUUGCAAAGGGUGAUCUAUUCCAAGCAUUUCAGAAUGAAGUGUGUCGGAUGAGAUUAGACAUCACCAUGCUUGAUGAACUUAUUCAUGAGUAUUGUGUCUAUAGGGGCAUUGUCAGCUCUGGUGCCCCAAACCCUUCAUGUGAAGGAAUGAAGAUAGGACAUGAACCAUCGGAAUCGGAAUCCACUUUAUCUGUUGAAGCCAGAAGUGGAUCCAAUAAGCUUGCUGAUGCUGACAUGGAUUCACCUGGCACUGAAGAACGAUACCCAUGUGGGACCAUGAGCAACAACCAUGAAGAUUGUAGUACAAGUGGAAUUUAUAAACAUAAAGCUUCUAAAGUCCUUCAAAGAAACAAGACACGUGGCAUUCUGGAGAGAAAUAAACGUAAGAGGUGGAAGGGAAGACAAGAUCUCCAAGAUUCUUUCCCUCAAGUCCUCAACCAACAGGGUUCUGGAAUGUCAUCUACAGUAGAUGUUAAUGUGAAUAAAGAGGAAAACUACGAGAUUAUGUUGGCAAUAAAGGAGUUGACAACAAAAGGAAUGGCUGCAGAAGUUGUAGAAGAAAUAAACGACAUGGACUCUGCUUUUUUCACACAAAAUCAUAUUCUUUUGUUCCAGCUAAAAAGGAUUGAGUUUUUGAAGCUGGUCAACUCGGGAGACCAUUCUCGUGCACUAAAAGUUGCUUGUUCUCAUUUGGGGCCUUUAGCAACUAAAGAUCCAGCUCUCUUAAAGCCCUUAAAAGAGACAUUAUUGACAUUGCUUACACCCAAUGAGAAGUUUGUUCCACAAAGCUUGCCCUUUCAUGCCCUUUCAACUUCACUACAGGUUGAAAUAGGAAGGAGGCUUGGGAUUGAAGAACCACAACUUAUGAAAAUAAUGAGAGCUACACUUCACACACAUACUGAGUGGUUUAAGCUUCAAAUGUGUAAAGAUCGCUUUGAGGGUCUUCUGAAAAUCGAUGUUUUGAAAGAAGUCAACUCCCCUCUGUUGACCGAUACUAUAUCUAAAUCCAGUACCGAUAUUUGUAAUAAUAGCUCUUCUCAAGGAACCGCAACUUCCAGUAGUAGAAUGCACGAAGAUGGAAGCAGUCCUGCUCAAGUUUCGUCCACUGGCGACGUCGCUAAUGAUGAAACUGCAAUUCUCAAAGUCAUGGAGUUUCUUGCAUUGCCGAGGGCGGACGCAAUACAUUUGCUAGCGCAGUACAAUGGAAACGCGGAGACGGUAAUCCAACAGAUAUUUGCGUGAUAUGUAUGUAUGAUUGUACAUUAUAUAUAUUGUUGUAUGAUUUGAUUAAACUUUAUGUUGUCGUAUAUUUGGUAUACAUUAUUUCAUUCAUUUGUGACCUAAUAUGUAUGUGUACUUUAAGUCUUCAAUGCAUAUACAUGACAUGUAUUGUUGUAUAAAACAUGUUUAGUUUAGGGUGGAUGAAAUGAUUGCUACUUCAAUAAAUACACGACAAGUGCUUCGGGUUAA